AUGGAUCACGGCGGCCACAAUGGCGGCAAUGUGGAGUGCAAAGUCUCAAUGCUUUGGAAUUGGUACACGAUGGAUGCCUGCUUCCUAACAGAACAAUGGCAUAUCCGAACAACGGGCAUGUUCGCCGCCUCUUGCAUCGGCGUGACAUUUCUCGUGGUCCUCCUCGAAGGUCUCCGACGGAUAGGCAAAGACUACGACGCGCAUAUGGUGUCGGCAUUUCGUCAGCAAGCCGCUCGACUGCAAAACCAGUACAUCCAGCUUCCAGCGUCCGGACCUCAGGAUUGUUGCGGUCCCCUCGCAGAUGCUCCACCGAUAUAUCCCGCGCAGAUGUACCUCACCUUUCGUCCCUCGCCCGUGCAACAGUUCAUCCGGGCGAUGAUUCACAUGGCUACGUUCGGGGUGGCUUAUGUUAUCAUGCUUCUUGCCAUGUACUUUAAUGGUUAUAUCAUCAUCUCGAUCUUCCUUGGAGCGGGUUUGGGAAAGUUCCUCUGUGAUUGGACUUCGUUCCGCAUUCCAAUCGCAGGCGUUGGAGGAAACGACGGGAUCGAAAAGACCAAUGAGAAUUUGACAUUCUGUUGUGAUUGA